UCCAAAGCGCAAAAAGCAAAAUAGAGAGGUAAAACCAUGAGCUCCUCAAACCUUCCAUUUGUUUUUGCCAUUGCGGUGUCUCUAGGCAUGAUCCACACCACCAUCGCCCAAAACUCCCCCGAAGACUUCGUGAGCCCCCAUAACUCCGCUCGGGCCGCCGUCGGUGUUGGCCCGGUGUCGUGGAACGACUCUGUGGCAGUCUAUGCCCAGGACUAUGCCAACCAGCGAACUGGCGACUGCCAGCUCGUCCACUCCAAUGGAUCCUACGGUGAGAACCUCUUCGGCGGCAGCGGGGCGGACUACACGGCGGCGGACGCUGUGAACUUGUGGGUGUCAGAGAAGCAGUACCAUGACUACAACAGCAAUACGUGCGCCGACGGACAGAUGUGCGGGCACUACACACAGGUGGUGUGGCGAGACUCGACCAGCAUCGGUUGCGCAAGGGUGGUCUGCGACAACGGCGGCAUCUUCAUCACCUGCAACUAUUACCCACCGGGUAAUUUUGUGGGGCAGCGUCCGUAUUGAAGAAUGGCGUCACUCUUAAGUGAAUACGUAGUUUCGUAUAGGCAAUAAAAUGUGAGCCAGGAUCAUGCAUCGUAGGCCCAAAGGAUAAAUGUUUGAGAUUUUAGACGGAAGAUGGUAAGAUGUUUGGUAAUCAAUGGUUUUGGAAUAAAAUGCUGGGUUCCACGCUUAUAAAAUGUUUAAACAGAAGGGAAAGUUCCAAAGUACUAUGUGAUGGUGUU